AUGGCCGCCCGGUCUCCUCGAGGCUCCCCCUCCCUGGUCGGCAGCCAGGAGCGGCAGAUACCUGAUACUCGGGUUGUGCAAGCGCGAAGGGGGAGCCUGGCCCUGCCCGGCCCUUGGGAACCACCCGGAAGGCCGAGCCCGCCAGCCCCACCUGGAGAGGAGCUUAAAGGCCGGCCGGGCGGCCGCAGCGCAGCCGGUUCCUGCACCAUGCCCACGGCCCGCAGCGUCCUCAUCUUGGCGGGGCUCCUGGCUCUCUGGGCAGAGCUGCCGGCAGCAUCCGCCCAGAAUGUCACCAACAAGCCUGGCACCUGCCCACCCGUCAGCCCGGGCAUCCCCAUGCUGGGUGUCUGCACCAACCAGUGCAAGUCUGACGCCAACUGCUCCGGGAACCAGAAGUGUUGCAGGAAUGGCUGCGAGAGCCCAGGCUACUGCCCCCGCGCUGGCAGCGCCAUCGGGCCGAGCUGUGGGGCGAGCUGCCAYGACGACACCGCUUGCCACUCCGGGGAGAAGUGCUGCACCCGCGGCUGCUGCACCCGCUGCGUGCACGCCGAGCCAGCCAAACCCGGGUUCUGCCCACGGAAGCGUACCCAGAGGAGUGCUGCCGCCUGCCCCAACCGCUGCACCGAUGACCGGGACUGCCCUGGGGACCACAAGUGCUGCUUCUCUGGCUGUGGGCUAGCCUGUGCCCCUCCAGACACAGGGAGCCACCAUGCCUCGGCGAAGCCCGGCACGUGCCCCAUGGUGCUGCGGGGCUCCCUGGGUCCCUGCCUGGAGCUGUGUGACACAGACGGUGACUGCCUUGGGGAUGACAAGUGCUGCACCACCGGCUGUGGACAUGUCUGCAAACCACCCACCAGGGUGGAUGGUAACCAGGCAGACAAGUGCCUCCUCCUGUGCCUGCAGGACAAGGAUUGUCCCACCAGCCAGAAGUGCUGCCAGCAGGGCUGCAGCCGGGUCUGCAUCCCCCCACUGUGGGGCACAGCCUAG